AGUCUUGAUUAUCAGAACUAUGCUGUACACUCCUCAAGAAAUGAAACAGAUCAUAAAGAUCCGAGCUCAGACUGAAGGAAUCAACAUCAGCGAGGAGGCUUUAUCUCAUCUUGGCGACAUCGGUACCAAGACUACACUCAGAUAUGCAGCGCAGCUGCUAACCCCUGCCAGUCUGCUGGCACGAGUUCAGGGGAGGGAAGUAGUCGAAAAGGAACAAGUAGAAGAAAUUAAUGAACUCUUCUAUGAUGCAAAGUCUUCUGCAAAAAUCCUGCAAGAUCAGCACACCAAAUUUAUGAAAUAACUCCAGCACUCUCGCUCACAUUCUUUGUACGGUCUGCUUUAGUUUGCUUUACUGGUUUAGUUCACAUUUGUCAUGACAUUAUAUCAGUAUGACAGCUGUUUUAAGCUAGUUCAACAUCAGUGCAUGGCUAAUGUAUUGUUCUACCUAAUUUUGUCAGUUGUUAGUCAGAAGAACAGGAAAGAAAACAUUCUCUCCAUAAUUAACAUGCUUAGACAACCUAAUUUCUUUAGUUUCAUCCCACAGUUUUUGUUAUUCUUCUGUAGGGUAAGUUUUCCAUUGUCCUGUCUGCUGUUCAAUUUUUUGUUUUGAAAAUAAAUAUUUUUUUGAUAGUAAUGUGAAA